ACGACCAGCGUCCUCGAUGGGCUUCCGCAAGAAACCCUCACAGCGGGAGAAUCCAGGCGCGUGGGCGUGACUCCAGUGCUGGUCACCUCCCCCUCUCCUUCCUCGCGUCGAAACCCUUACAGUUAUUUGCCAAUCCUAGAAGAUGUCGGGCGGAUUCUUCCGGGGGACUUCGGCGGAUCAGGAUACUCGCUUCUCCAACAAGCAAGCGAAGCUUUUGAAGACACAAAAAUUCGCACCGGAGCUCGAUCAUUUGGUGGAUAUGACGAAGGUAAAGAUGGAUGUGAUCAGGCCAUGGAUCGCAACCAGGGCGACAGAGCUCCUUGGGUUCGAGGAUGAAGUCAUCAUUAACUUUGUAUAUGGACUUCUGGAUGUCAAGGAGGUGGACGGGAAACAGAUCCAGAUCCAGCUUACCGGGUUCAUGGAGAAAAAUACGGGGAAGUUCAUGAAGGAGCUUUGGGGUCUACUGCUUAGUGCUCAGAAUAAUGCCAGUGGGGUUCCUCAGCAGUUCUUGGAUGCGAAGAAAGAGGAAACAGAUAGGAGAAAGGCGGAGACUGAUAGAAUUGCUCAGGAGAUUCAGAAGAGAAAAGAGAAAGAGAGAAGAGAGCUAGAGCAAGAGAAACAGAGGAGGAUGGAUGGGGUAGCUGAAAAGUCAAGGUCUGCUAAUGCUGAUUCUGCUUCAGUUUCAAAGCAAUCACCACCAAGGGCUUCUAGUGUUUAUCCUGAGAAAGAUACAGAAGCGGAGAUGGGGCAUCAUUCAAAAUCAAAAAGCUGGCCCUCUUUGUCUCCAUGUUCGCAUGAUCAUUCGCCAUCUCGUCGGCAGACACCUUCCCCAAGUAGGUCAUGCAGCAAAUCGUUUUCAAAAUCUGGGAGCUACUCAAAGGAAGGUUGCAAAUCAAGAAGUAUGUCUGUUUCAUCUCAGUCACAAAGGUCAAAUUCUCCUAAGAGGCAGUAUCGCUCACCACCCAGAUGGUCUAUAUCUUCUGAGAGGCGAUACAGAUCUCCACCUCGACGUUCCGUUUCUCCAAGCCGUGAGCAUUCACCACGAUACAAUCGAUCACCUUUAAGACGAAGAUUGCCUCAUACUAGGCAAAGAUCGGUUUCCUUAUCCAGGAAUCGAUCUUCCUCUCCUGUCCGGCAGAGAUCUCCUUAUGCACAAAAAAGAUCUCCAUCAUAUGUGCGGCGUGGGUCUCCUUCCUCUCGUCACAGGUCUCCAGUUCAAGUCCGCAGGAGAUCACCUUCUCCCUUACAUCACAGGUCUUCUAUCCGACGCAGCUCUUUGUCACCAGUCCGGUGCAGGUCCCCAUCUCCUUUAAGGAGGAGAUCACCUCCACCUAGGUCUCCAAAGCACCGAAGGAGGUCACCUAUGCGUUUGCCUAGAAGUCAUGUUGUGGGUUAUCAAGCAUCUCGUUGGCAAAGAAAGAGGAGCCGCAGUCCAUGUAGGAGCCCGAGUCCAUCAUAUCCAACUCAUAGGAGUUCGAGUAGGGGGAUUAAUAACCAUAUUAAUGGAAUCAACUCCAAACAUUAUCAUGGUGGAUACACAUCUCAAAGGUCUUAUGAAAAGAGGUCACCUCUUCAUCCCGCCUUGAAGAGGAUGGUGGCGGAACACCCUGACUCAGUACAUAAGGUUUCAGAAUCACUGCGAUUUCCAAUUUCUUCAAAGUCUGCCCAGCAUGAUUCAGGGAAUCAAAACAACAUUCAUGAUAGGAAGUGUGGUGCAGCGUCAGACGAUUCUCCAAGCCAAUCAGAGUCACCAUCCCAUUUGCGAAGGAUGGAUCCAAGAGGAAAUAGAUCCCGUAGCCAUUCUGAGAGUCCUGUUAAACAAACUAGAAGACGUAUACCUCAUUGUCACAAUCCUGAAACAAGUAGAGAAAAAGAUCAACCGAGUCAUGCCAGGGAGGAUGCUUAUCAUAGGGUUGAUUCCUCAUGCAAGAAAAGUAGAGAUUCACCUGCUAAUGUAUGGCAAAAGGACUUCCCUGCUAAGGACUUCGGUCCAGAAGAGUAUUUUUCUGAAAGAUUGGCAGAUGACUGCUCUCCGGUUUCCCGAGGUCGAGCUGCUAUCUUGGAAAACAGAAAGAAAGAACAUGAGAAAAAAAGUGAAGAAGAUCUUCCUAAAAGACAUAAACAACUAGUGUCACAAUCACUGGAGGAAAUAGAGUACGGUCUUGGAAGAAUAGUGGACAAAAGCUAUGCUCCAGAUAAUGCUUAUGAUAGAGAGCAAUCCACUAAGGAGCAUGCAAGAGAUGCAUCCUCUUCAGAGGAAAGGGUAUCCGAUGAGCAGGCAGUGAAGAGCACUUAUGGAGAUGGUUAUGCAGUUAAAGCUGAGAAGCAAUCACGUGCAAAAAGCAAUGAAUUUAGAGAAUCACAUUAUGAAAUAGCAUCUGUUAAGAAGUCCGGAAAAGAGGUGGACCAAAGCAACCGUUUGGAUAUCCAUGAUUCGGGCUCUGAAGAAACUGAUAUGCAGAGAUAUCGGGAGAUGGAAAAGCGAAGGCGCAAAAAGUCUUCUAAGUAUAAAAGAAAUUUGGAUGACAGUUCUGAAUCUGAUUCUCAGAUAGAUGACAUGGAGGCAAAGAGGAGGAGGAAAGAUGAGAAAAAGCAACGCAAGGAGGAGAGACGUCUCAGGCGUGAAGAGAGGCAUUGGAGAAAAUUGGAACAUCGUGUAGGCAAACUUAAAGUGAAAUCUGUAGAUACUGUUACUCCCCCAUCAGAUUUGGAGAAAAAUCAUAAUGAUGCUGAUGAAUCUGAUGGUGAUGCUGCCAUAAGAAAAGGUUCUCAUCUAAGUGACACAGAAGAAACAGAGUCAGAGCGGAAGCAGCUUGAGAUUGAGCUGCGAGAGAAGGCCCUCGAAUCUCUCAGAGCAAAGAAGUCUAUCAAUCAUUGAACUUAUGAUAUUUGAGUUGCUGUUUUCUUAUGUAAUAUGCAUUCAUAUGUUCUGUAGAAUGAGAUAUCAUUUCAUUUAGCAGACGGUUUAAUGUAAUUUGUGUUUGUUCUGGCAUCUGAAGUUGAUAAAUGAGGAUUUGUUGAGCUGUAUUUUGUUGCAUUCAACUUCAGACUUGGCUGCUAGAUUUUCUGGUAAUGUUUGUCUUAACUUUGCUUGGAUGAAUUUAUUCGGUAAUUUCUUA